AAUUGUACAGGUGAGCUCGCGGCUGUCGUUUCUAUACUCGCGUGCCAUUGUGGACAGCGCACGUGCGCCAUGCGCGCGCACACACACACACACACGCACGCGAGGCAUACGCGCGCGCGAUUUACUUCACUCAGAUCUGCACCACACAGGCUCGAAGGAGCGCACGCGGGCGCUUUUUUGGUGCCAAACGCACGCACUUCACCGUUCAGACGUGGUCGGUGUCGUUUCAGGAUUUCUGCUGAGCUCGAGAAGUCGUUCUGGAACGGGUCGCUUUGCCAAAUCACAUCAGAGGCAAGAUUAUAUGUGUGUUUUGUUUUCUAAGGAGCAUGAUCACAUGAGAACGGGGAAUUGUUCGUGAAGCAUUAGCUGGAGUACCGGUAUGUGACACACACACACACACACACACAAACUAACUUGAGGCUUUUUUUUGGCUGUACUCGGUCUUCACCCACAAGGCUCCUGCGUAAACCGGAAUAACCGUGCACGAGACAAAGCAGUGAUGGUCGCGCGCCGGCGAUGCCGCGGAGGAGAACUUCUGCAAAAAGUGAGCACCAACUAAGGAGUGCACAUGGAAGUCGCCAUGUUGUCGUGCAACACCACCGCGAUCAAAGACUGGAGUUUUUUCCUGUCUCACAUCCUGCCGCUCGUCAACCGGUCGGCUGGGCUCGUGCACCGCGGCGUGGAGGAGGCGGAGGCGGUCACGGUGGCCGUGGUGACCGUAGCGCUUGAGCCCGCCAGCCGCGCGCCCCCGGACUCCAACCACACGGAGCACGUGUACCAGUACUCGUAUUCGGAGGGUGAUGUGCUCGUGCACGGUGGUCGUGAGCCGCCCGACCGGGAGCCCAUUCCGCUGCCCAAAGCCGUGCUGUACCUGCUGAUGGCGGCGCUCGUGGUGGUGCUGGUGGCCUACGCCAUAGUGGGACAUCUGGUCAAAGAUCUGCUGCACGAGUUUGUGGACUGGGUGUUUGGUCCUCGUUCUGCGAACCGCAGAAGCAAAAGCGAUGUGAGCUGCAUCACUGCCAGCGGCAACGAGAUGAGUGAACUGCCACGUCUACUAGAAACGAGCUACACCACCCAGAAUCACUCAGGCUGCUCCAGCGGCACCAAGCCUGAAGAGCUAGUAGUGAACAUCGAAGAACCUUUACAUCUCCCUGACCCACCUCACACUGCCCACACUACCCACAGCACCCACACCACUCACACGGCCCACAGCACACGCCCACAGACUGUCCGCCAUUUUGAUUGGAUCUUUCACGAUAAAGACGGGGGGAGGAUGAGGAGGGAACAUUCACUGGGAGGAAAAGUGUGACGUUAUGGGGAUUAGCACUACAAUCACUACACACUGCACAAUGAUUAAACAUUCACUACACACUCACUACACACUCAAAACAUAUAACGCACUUGCUACACACUCGCUACACAGUCAAAACUCUACACAAUCAUUACACACACACUAUCAUUACACACUCACUACACACUACACACUCACUACACACUUCAGCUGUGGAACUGGUGUUUGAGUAAAACAGCAAGUCCUGAUCCUGUGUGAAUGUAAAUUUCAGGACGAUUUACAGCGUGCGUGUGUGUGUGUGUGUAACAUUUUAAAUCCACAUUUAAAGACAUUUCAUUUCUCCCAUUACGUUUCUCUUUUAUAACAAGUUUUAUUCAUUGUAAUCUUUCCCUCUCUCGCUCUCACACACACACACCACACACACACUGCUGUGAUACUUUCUGGUUUGUACCAUGUUUUCUAAGCUACACUGCAUUCUACAAACUGCAAGCGAGCUCAAGCAAAUCAAAUCUAUUCACAAGAAAUACAGUUUCAGGCUGUAACAUGUAAGGCUGCUGAACGCAUGACUGCUGACCGCACAACUGACUGCACAACUGCUGACUGCAUGAAUGCUGACCGCACAACUACUGACUGCAUGACUGAAUGCAUAACUGCUGACCGUAUGACUGACCGCACGACUGCUGACUGCACGACUCACUGGUGGAUUUUUGAUAUAAGAUUUUUGAUAUAAGAUCUGAUCCAGCAGACAGCAUGGUAUCCUGGAGCGUCACUUUCUAUUCACAUCCAAUCGAAGAAAAAAAAAAUCUCCUGACAGAAAGGAUGCUCCUGAAAACCAAGCGUUCACUUCACCUGUGAAACCUACAGAGCAAAAAAGAUUAGAUAGAAAUAUGUGUAUAAAUAUUUAGACGUUUCUGUUAGUGGUGAUGCUGAACGAUUUACGUCUGUUUAAUAAGGGCUAUGUUUGUGUGUGUGUGUGUGUGCGUGUGUG